AUGCAAAGGUGUCGCAUUCUACUCGAUGGAGGAAGUGGCAAGUCAUAUAUCAGCAGAGAGCAUGGCAGGAAAAUAGCAGGAAACCCAGUUCGCACCGAAAAUCGAAUCAUUGGCACAGUAAACGGGGAAAAAGAGGUAAAGUGCCCAGUCUACAACCUUGAAGUUGCUGGAGUUGGCAAGGCAAAUGGAAACAGAUUCUCAACAGAAUUCGCGGAGUUGGAUCUUUACAUGCUAACCUCGGUCCCGAACGCUCAUCCAGAAAAACAGAGGCAGAAGUUUGCUCAUCUAGAAGGAAUAUGGUUCUCAGAUGUAUCCCAAGAAGACAGCCUACCGAUCCAUGCCAUACUUGGAGUGAGAGACUAUGCCCACAUCAGAACUGGAAAAAUGAUCAAGGGAAAUGAUAACGAACCGAUGGCCGAAGAAACCAUACUGGGAUGGACUCUAAUGGGAGCGAUUCAAGACCAGCAGUCAAACGCAAAACAGUCCGUGGCAAACCUGAUGAUCGAGCAGCCGAGAUCCGUCCACUACGAUUUCAGACAGCUCCAUGACUUGGAUGUUCUCGGCAUUAAAGAUAGCGGUGAAGAUGUCUUUGAAGAGUUUAAAGACAGCAUCUCAAGGGAUGAGGAAGGCAGAUACUCAGUGAAGCUUCCUUGGAAGAAGGGGAACUUUUUCUUGCCCAGCAACAAACAGAUGUGUCAGGCACGAUUGACAGGACAGCUCAAGAAACUGAAGAAAUCGCCAGAAGAUUUUAAGACAUAUGAUGACGUCAUUCAGCAACAGUUGAAAGACAGUAUAGUAGAGCCUGUACCAGAAAACCCAGAUGGCAAGCAUGUCCACUACCUACCACACCACGCAGUGAUCCAUAGAGAAGCUGAGACGACAAAGUUAAGAAUUGUGUAUGACUGCUCAGCGAAAGAACGCAAGUAUUACAAGUCAAUGAACGACUGCCUUCACAUUGGACCUCCUCUACAGCCGCUCCUUUACGACAUCUUAAUCAGGUUCCGGAUGUAUCCAGUGGCACUGCUUGGGGACAUUCAACAAGCAUUUUUGCAAAUCAAAGUUGACAAAGAAGACCGGGACGCUAUGAGAUUCCUGUGGCCUAAACAUGUUUCGAAGGCAGAUUCAGAGAUACAAGAAUUGCGCUUCACCCGGGUGAACUUUGGUUCAGGCCCCAGCCCUUUCCUUCUUGGUGCUACCAUCAGACAGCACAUGGAGCAAUACAAAGCCCCUGAAUUUGUUGACCGUGUCACAAAGAGCCUGUUCGUGGAUGAUAUGGUCUGUGGAGGAGCAAAUACAGAUGCAGUCAGCAGAUUGAAGCAGAAACUGAUCGUAAGAUUUAAAAACGGUCACUUCAACAUGAGGAAAUGGAAGUCAAAUGUGUCAAAACUGAGAGACCAAAUUACUCCAACAUCAAGAUACAGCAAACAGACUGAGACGCAACCACGGACAGGCAGCACCAGCAGGAACAAUGCAAAAGAGAAGGUCUUGGGAGUCACUUGGAAUCAAGAAACCGACGUCAUGGGUGUCAGCUUCGGAAAAGUCUCAACAAUGGAACAUGAACCUACACAACGAGGAAUUCUAAGAACCGUGGCAGCGAUCUACGAUCCAAUUGGAAGUGCAAGCCCCAUCACUAUCUUGGCAAAGAUCAUUUACCAUGAAGUGUGUAUGCGAAAGUUUGGUUGGGAUGGAGAGAUUUCAGCAGACUUACUCAAACGGUGGAAGAAAUGGCUGGCGAAUUUGAAAGAUCACCCAGUUCUCACAUUCGAUAGAUGUUUAAUUGCACACUCAUAA